CAGCCAACCCCUUCCCCCAAAAUAAGACCUCAGAAGGAGUCAGGAAUGACUGCUCACUGAGUGUGUGCUCUGGGCCGUGUCUUAAGUGUGGGGUUUUACUUACAUGAUCCCCUGAAUGCUCCAUCAUGCCCCACUUUCCAGGUGAGAGAAAGUGAGGCUGGCGGGGGAGGGGACAUGGUGUUCAAGGUCACACCUUGAAAGGGACCACUGUGUUUCUGCCAGAGGUCCAGCUCCUUCCAAAGCCCGUGCCCCUUUCUUUAUAACCAAUGUUCAGCAAUCUGUUCAGCAAUCACUGCCACAGACACAAAUCGGUUAUAUAUGGGGAAACUGAGGCUCAGUGGGGGGUAUGAGUCUUCCUCAAGGUCUCUGAAAGGGGUCAGUGGUGAGUUGGGGCCAUGCUCGGGCCUCCCUUCUUAAGUGGGAAACUCUUUGGUUAAUUAUCCAUUUAUAAUGUCCAAGACAGAUCCUGCCGGGGGCCCCGAAUUUUCAGUAGCUUUGGGUCUGCAGUCGGGGCUUCUGAUUCACAGACUCCAGCCCUCGAGACUCUAGGCCACAUCCCAGGAGGAGAAGGGAGUCCACGCCCCCCCCCCCCAGAGAGUUCCCAGAAAGAGUCCUACAAGUGUCUGAUGAGGUCACAAAGGCCCCCCCCCCAAGGCUCCUCCCCCAAGCCAGGGCUGACCACCCUCCACCGCAGGGCCAUGGCCAAGCCCUGGGGAAGCCCCACCCUCUGGGACCCCUGAGCUGUGGCACCUGCCAAGCCUAAAGGGCCAGGGCGGGUGGGCUGGGGGACACUGGGCAGGCCAAGCGCCCAGGUGCCGGGUCCCUGACUCUGUGUCUGGCGUGACCCACCUUUUCUGCAGCCGCCAUGAACCGGCUUCAGAACAUCAGGCGCAUGGAGCCAUUCCAGGGACCCUCAAAAUGGGUCCCCACACUAGGCGAGCUGCAGAAGACCCUCCAGAGGGGAGAGUACCUGCCCCUCCGCCCGCUGCCCAUGUUCGAGAGUAACUUUGUCCAGGUGACCAAUCGAGGGGCCCCCGUGUACGUGCACCACAGAACCAACCGUGUGACCAUGGGUGUGGCCGCCUCCCAGCCUGGCCUGGUGUUGCCAGACAUCCUGCUGAUCGCUCAGCCCCCGGAGGGCAGGGAGUGCGCCAGCCUCGUCCUCACCAGGUGCCUCCAUUCCCGCCCGGCCCCCCCCCCGCGCUCCCCGGGCCUGCCCUAUCCCCCCCUCGACCAUGUCCCUCUCCCGCCUCUCCCCCCAUCCCCCACCCCCCCCUGCCCUGCCCCAUCCUCUGCUCCACCAU